AUGGUAGAAACUAAACAAGACUCUGUUGAUUCCAACAUUCUUUCAAGAAGCAGAGAAUAUGUUGAACCACUAAUUAUAAACAAUAAUCCAAACUCUCAUAAUCCAUGUUUGGCUGCUUUAAGAGAAUUGUAUUCUGAAUUGUCUUCUCUCAUUCAAAGUACUCAAUCCUCUUCCGUUGCACUAUCUUCAAAACAACAAUUAACUCAGAGACAAAGCUCUAUCCUUCAUCGAUCUAAAAAGAUCAAAGACAUUGCUCACGACAUAUUGAGCUUGAUUUUCAAGGGUAAAACACCUUCACCAAGUAGCACCUAUUCAUUAGAUAAGAUUGAAUCAUGUAUUACCUAUUUGUUACACGCCAAUUUGGAUCAAUUAAAAGAUACAAUAGAGAUUGUGAAUCAGUGUGAGUAUUCAAGAAGUAGACUUGGUGAAACGCGUGUAAAUGAAUUGAAGGAAGUAAUGGGUGAAAUUUUCAUUGUCAAUCCAUAA